AAACUGUUAGGCUUGGGAUGAGAUGGAGCGCCAGCUUACAGACUCCGUCCCUCCUGAUAAAAAUGAUACAAGGCAAAAGUCUUUUCAGGAAGCUCUCCAGUAUCUGCACACGAUGGUAAAGAAGGUCGUAGAACAACGACAACAGAAUAAAGUCCAGGACCAGCAGCUCCUGAUUGACGUCAUCCUGCAGUCUACGACAGAUGAGGAUGUGCUCACUUCUGAUGUCAUAUCCUACAUGGUUGGAGCAUUUCACACAACUGCUUACUUGUUGACAUGGGCCAUGUAUUUCCUGGCCACUCACCCUGACGUUCAGAACAAGCUGCACUCGGAGAUUGUCCAAGUCUUAGGCCAGAAAGACGUCAUCACUGAUUCCAACUAUGGCCAGCUAAGGUACCCCUUUAUCAUUACUCCAGUGAUUCACGCGUUUGGCGUCGUCUUGCAGGAUGAAAAGCUGUGGCCUCUUCCACAAAAGUUUGACCCAGGACGAUUUAGUGCCGAACAUAGCAAGAGUCAACGGACGUAUGCAUUUUCUCCGUUUGGAUUUGCUGGCAAGAGAAUUUGCCCGGCCUAUAAAUUCGCCUACAAUGAAAGCACCGUUCUGAUAGCCACUCUUAUUAGGAAGUUUGAGGUGAGCAUGUGGGGCGACCAGGUGGUGAAGCCUGUCUUUGGUUUCGUCACUCGCCCGCAGGAGGAAAUCUGGCUCAAGGUGUCCAGAAGAAAGUGA